AUGGCCCCAGGGACGCCCAGGAGCCGGGGUGGCACGCCCAAGAGCGCCCGGACCCCCCGUCAUCAUCAGCAUCAGUCCGUGCUGGCUCGGACGCCUGGUUCAUCUGGGCAGGCACCAGCCGCCGCCGACCAGAGUGCUCUCCCUGCUGCUGUCCCAUAUGUGGUCUUUGAUGUGUAUCAUGGCAAGCUCACCCUCAAGGUGAGCAAGGCUGUGAACUGCGCCAAGAUUGCGUACGGCCUAAGUCAAGCCCUGGCGGGCGACUCUGCAUCGCCGCGCCCCAGUCACGGGGCCUCGUCCAAUUUCACUUCCCGCUACAAGUCCGAGCCCAAACGCGCCGUCCGCCUUGCAGCAGACUGGGUGCACCAGAAGCUCUAUUUGGGCCCCGACGAAUAUCCCGUCAAGCUCCAGAGCAUCCGCCAUGACGAACUCACCGUGGAAGCCAUGGCCAUGGCCGCCCAACAGAUUCAUCGGGCCCUAGCCUACUGGGAGCAGCACCAGGGCCUUCAGCCCGUGAUUCGCCUGAUACAACAGCAAACACAUCCCAUUUGGGAAAUUCACCUCAGUCACAAUAACAUUACCCGCGCAGAUGCCCUGCUGGCUGCCCUGGCAGAACGCAAUUGGUAUCCCUACCAAGCUUCUUCCAAGAAACCCCCUGCACCUCUAUGGCUCCGUUUGGAAUGCAAUCGCCUGGACGCAGACGCCGUGCAACGUACCUGUCGUCGUCUGAAGCUCAGCUACUGCAUUCCUGCCAGUCGCGAACAAUGCGCCGUAUCCCUGCACUGCACCUACCUUUUGUGCAACAUCAAGUUCGCGGCCUUGCCGAUCUCGUGCUACAACGUCGGGUCCGCCCCCGCCCCCUUUCACAAGCCCCCAGCCAACAACGGCAGCGACAACAGCGAUAACAGCGACAGCAGUGACAGCAGCGAUGACAGCGAUAGCGACGGCAGCGCGGACAGUGCACACGGCGUCGAACAGACCAAGCACCGUCACUCCAAUGCCGACAACAGCAUUAGUGAUGACAGCGUGACGCACGACCACCUCAAACAAGCCGAGGAUGACCACAUGGAGAGCAUGAUUGACCGCCUGGCUGCCACCUCACUACAUGAUCAGGAUGCCAGCGCCUCGAGGGGCCCCGUCGAGUCCACCCCAAGCCCUGCGACCACUUAUGUUGUUCUGGACACCAGCGCUCUUAUUGGCAUGCUGCGUCUAGGCCUGCACGCCGCAAAGUCCAAGAGUAGUCACGCCCGGCCCAAUCAUCUUUUCACAUUUGAAACUCUUCUCCAGCACCGUGCGGCUUGCCAAGGCCAGCUACUGCUGAUCAUACCACACACUGUGGGUAUUGAGCUGGAUGCUCAAAAGGGCAACACCAAGCUCUCAGUGCUGGAAAACCAGGCCAUCCGUGGGUUUUUGGCCGAGUAUGGUCUCCGCCAGCAAUGCGUGGCCGCCAACAUCCUACUUGAGCUCUCAAAGGAAGACGCCGAACUGGACAUUAUCCAGACUGGCGCCCUGAAAAGCCUUCAUUUGCACCGCGCUGAUGAAAUGAUUGUCAACGUUGCGCUCCACCUUCGCCGUGCCAUCCUUCGUGGCGUGCUCGACGAAUGCGGCGAAGAUGUCGAAGCCAUCAACCAAGCAGACCGUCGCUGUCUUUUGCUUCUGACAGAGGACCAAAACAUGAUGCAGCGUGCCAACCAAGCGGGUGUACCAGCAGCAAAAUUCUCCUCCCUAAACGACGAAUUUGAGCACGGGCAAUUUACCCGACUGCGCCAAGGGGAUGCCCAAGACGCUUUGUGGGCGGCCGCCGGUCCCCGCGCAGCGCGAACGGCCGAUGACGAUGACUUGAUUCGCGAAGUGACCCGCAAGUCUGCUUCCGAUGAUGCUUCCACGGGAGCAAACGUGCUCACGCAAGCCCAAGAAUGGCUGGCCUUGGUGGCUGACUUGCUGCCCGUCGUCACUGCACUGCCUUCGGAUCUUGCAAUGCGCUUAGAGGACCUCGGUGGGGCCGAGGGUGUGGCCGCUGUCAUGGAAGGCCUUCGCACCAUGCAGGCACAGAUGCAACAGUCUGCGAUGGCCGCUGUGAUGACGUCAGACCCCCGCUUUUCCAGCCACAAAUAG